AUGUGGGAUGUGCGCUCACCUGUUGGCACUUUCCUCUUCAUCAACUUGCUGUGUCUCAACCAGUCGCAGCAGGGCCACAGCAAGGCUAUUUAUUCAGACUCAGACAAACCUGAAGGGACCAGUGAGAGCAUCAACCCCACACCUGUAUCCGAACAUGGAGAGGACAACAGUCUUGGAUACACAGUUUUAGGCAGUCUAAUAAGUCAGUAUUUGAGAUUAAGUGUACAAAAAAUUGUCUUCUUUCCUUUUUUCCUCCUGUCAGGGUCUCGUCUUCGCCAGGAGGACUUCCCUCCCCGCAUUGUGGAACACCCCUCUGACCUCAUCGUGUCCAAAGGGGAGCCCGCCACUCUCAACUGUAAGGCAGAGGGCCGCCCGCCCCCCACGGUGGAGUGGUACAAAGAUGGGGAGCGCGUUGAGACGGACCGCGACAACCCCCGCUCUCACCGGAUGCUGCUGCCCAGCGGCUCCCUCUUCUUCCUCCGCAUCGUCCACGGACGACGCAGCAAGCCCGACGACGGCAGCUAUGUGUGUGUGGCCCGCAACUAUCUGGGGCAGGCGAUCAGUCACAAUGCAUCUCUGGAAGUAGCCAUUUUACGUGAUGACUUCAGACAGAACCCAGUGGAUGUUAUGGUUGCAGUGGGCGAGCCUGCGGUGCUGGAGUGCCAGCCACCACGUGGGCACCCUGAACCCACCAUUUCCUGGAGGAAAGAUGGUACUAACUUGGAUGACAGGGACGAACGCAUCACAAUUCGCAGUGGCAAGCUCAUGAUCACCAACACCAGGAAGAGUGAUGCAGGGAAGUACAUCUGCGUCGGGACUAACAUGGUCGGAGAGAGGGAAAGUGAAAUUGCUGAACUCACUGUACUAGAGCGCCCCAGCUUUGUGAAACGUCCCAGCAGCACGGUGGUGCUGGCAGAUGAGAGCGUGGAGUUCCACUGCGUGGUUCAAGGAGACCCCGUUCCCACUGUCCGCUGGAGGAAGGACGACUCAGACUUGCCCAAGGGGAGGUUUGAAAUCUUGGAUGACCAUACACUGAUUGUUCGUCGAGUGUCCACUUCAGACGAGGGUUCCUACACGUGCGUGGUGGAGAACAUGGUUGGGAAGUCCGAAGCAUCCGCCACGCUCACUGUACAUGUCAACACUGUGCCCCCUGCGUUUGCUACACGCCCCAGGAACCAAGUGGUGGCAGUGGGCAGGACGGUCACCUUCCAGUGUGAGGUCACUGGCAACCCUCAGCCUGCUAUCUUCUGGCAGAGGGAGGGCAGUGAGAGUCUCUUGUUCUCUUACCAACCCCCUCAGCCCUUCAGCCGCCUGUCUGUGUCCCAGAUGGGCAGUUUGACGAUUACCGAUGCCCAGCACUCUGAUGCUGGCUACUACAGCUGCCAGGCUCUCAACAUCGCUGGCAGUGUUAUUACCAAAGCUCUACUGGAGGUCACAGACUCUGUCUCAGACCACCCUCCUCCUGUAAUUAAGCAAGGCCCAAGAAAUCAGACGGUCUCUGUGGACAGCAAAGUGGUCUUGGGUUGCCAAACAAGUGGUAGUCCAACUCCUAUAGUUCACUGGAAGAAGGACGGAGUCUUAGUGUCUCCAGUGGACUCUCGCAUGUCCCUAGCAGACACAGGAUCACUGGAGAUUCACUAUGCCAAGUUGGGAGAUACAGGCUUCUACACUUGUGUUGCUUCUAGUCCCAAUGGAGAGGCUUCUUGGACAGCGUAUCUACAGGUGGAGGAGUUUGGAAUAGUCGUCCAGCCUGGUCAUCCUACAGACCCUAACCUGAUUCCCAGUGCACCAUCUAAACCUGAGUUGAGUGACAUUAGCCGAACCUCCGUCACUCUGUCCUGGAAAUCGAACGCCGGGGCAACACCAACAUCCUACCUUAUUGAGGCUUUCAGUCAAGCGCUUGGCAGCAGUUGGGUGACUUUAGCUGACCAUGUGAAGACACAGAGCCAUGUCCUGAAGAACCUGAAGCCUGCAACUGUCUACAUGUUUCUGGUCAGAGCAGUGAACGCCUAUGGCCUGAGUGACCCCAGUCCUAUUUCUGACACUGUCAGAACACAGGCAGACAGCACUUCCACUAUCCAGGGAGUGGACCAUCGUCAGAUCCAGAAGGAGCUGGGAGAUGUGGUGAUCCAUUUGCACACCCCAACCAUCCUCUCCUCCUCUGCUGUCAGGGUGCAGUGGAUGGUGGCGCAGCAGUCCCCAUAUAUCCAGGGUUACAAGGUGCUGUACAGGGCUUCUGCGGAGCACGGCCAGCCUGGGGGACAGUGGAGUGUUUUGGAUGUCCGCAGCCCUGGUGAGGACGGGGUGGUGGUCACUCAGCUGAAGAGGGGAUCCACAUACGAGUUCAAAGUGCGGCCCUUCUUUGAUGAGUUCCAGGGAGCAGACAGUGAGGUGAAGGUGGCCAGGACACUGGAAGAAGCUCCCAGUAGAGCCCCCCAGGGUGUUACUGUGACAAAGACUGAUGCCAAUGGGACCGCCAUCCUCGUUGCUUGGAAACCACCUCCAGAGGAGGAAGAGGCUGGAGUGGUUCAGGAGUACAAGAUCUGGUGCCUAGGUAAUGAGAGUCGCUACCACGUAAACCAGUCAGUAGACGGCUCCACCUUCUCUGUGCUCAUCCCCAGUCUGGCACCAGGAAUUCGCUACAGCGUAGAGGUUGCUGCUAGCAAUGCCGCUGGACCUGGGGUCAAGAGUGAUGUCACAUUUUUCCAACUAGAUUCCACAGGCCAGAUGAUGGAUGGCCAUGAGGAAAGAGACACAUUGUCUCAGAUCUCGGAUGUGGUGAGGCAGCCAGCUUUUAUUGCUGGCAUUGGCGCCACCUGCUGGGUGGUGCUGAUGGUCUUCAGUGUGUGGCUCUACCGGCACCGCAAGAAGAGAAGUGGCCUUAGCAGCACCUACACGGGCAUCCGUAAGGUCCCAUCAUUCACCUUUACACCUACAGUUGCCUAUCAAAGAGGAGAGUCUGUAUGCAGUGCUGGCAGACCUGGACUUCUCAGCAUGGGCGAGCCUUUGAACCAGCUGUGGCUGCCUGACAACUGGCCAAAUGCAUGUGCCAGCCACAAGGAUUGCAGCAUCAACUGCUGCAAUAAUGGCAAUGGCACUAGUGACAGUAACAUGACCACAUACAGCCGACCAGCUGACUGCAUAGCCAACUAUGGAAAUCAUCUGGAAAACAAGCAGGGAGGCCUGCUGGGGUCAGAGACGGCCAUUUACAGUGACGUAAACCUCUCCAACAAGCUUGGUGACAUGAACACGUACACCAACCCUGGCCUGUGUUAUGUAAGCCCAGGAGGAGGAUCAUCAGCCACAUAUGAGCCUAUCCCCUAUGCCACCACCCAGCUAAUUCAGUCCAGCAUCAUGAAUAAAGCAGCUGGUGGCGGGGCUAUGGCAGAGCCUGUGGACAUGCACUGCUGGAAACAGCCACCCAACCCGCCUCAGAUACCAAAGGAGAUGACAGCACAGAUGCAGUACAACAUAAUUGAGCAAAACAGGCUUAACAAAGAUAAUCCCCAAGGAGCUGAGGGGAUGAUCCAAAAAAACAUCCCCUACAACCAGGCUCGAGAUCAUAGCACAGGAGGCUCCCACCACAGCUCGGACAGAGGCAGCAACAGCACCUCAGGGAGUCAGAAUCAUAAGAAAGCAGCACGCCCCCACAAGAUGUCCAAACAGAAUGUAGUAAGCUGGGGAGAACCCCUGUCUCCUCCUGAGGAUAAUUCCUGGGACUGUGAUGAGUAUACCCUACCAAUGGAAAAUAGUUUUGAUCCUGAGGAGAGAAUAGAAAAUUGCCCUACUCCUCCAGUAAGAGGAGCAGCCUCAUCCCCUACUCAAGUGUCCUAUAGCCACCCAUCUACAGCCACAUCACCAAAGGGAGAGCUUAGCAAUGGUCUGGGCCUGCAUGAUGGAACCAAACACCACAGCCACCCUCCUCCCCCUCGUCCUCUUUCCCCAACACAUCCCUACUCCUCCACGCACCUCCACCUAGAUACUGAUGGACAAGAAGAGGAUGAUGAAGAGGCAGAGGAGGAGACAGAUAUAGAGCUUGUCCAGACUCAUUAUAACCAGCACCAGAACCGGCAGCAGCGCAACCAACAACAGAACCACUUUUCUCCGCACAAGCUGCAUUUCCGUGGGUUAGAGCAAACCCCAGCCUCCAGCACCGGGGAUCUUGACAGAUCGGUCACAGGAUCCAUGAUCAACAGCUGGGGCUCAGCCUCUGAGGACAACAUUUCAUCAGGCAGGUCCAGUGUUGUCAGCACUUCAGAGGGUUCCUUUUUUACAGACACUGAUUUCAACCAGGCAGGAGCCUCUUCGCGGGAUAUUGUAGGCCUGCGCAUGUGCAGGUACCCAGAGGAAUCAGGUCGGCAGCACCAGCGACCCAGCAGCCCCAUGUCCACUGACAGCAACAUGAGUCCCGCAGUGACACAAAAGAGGCCAAAGAGGCAUAAACAGCACCAGUCUGGUCAGCAGGGCCAUCAGCCCAGAGAUGUCUUCAAUGAUGACUCCUGCAUGCCUCUGAAUUACCCUAGCCAGAGGUCCCAUGGUGACUAUAAGGUGAGGGGAGCCACACUGCCUAGGAUGGGCUCUGGGGAGACGAGGGGAAGGCGAGGCAGCACCGGGGCUAACAGGAUCAGGGAGGGUAUGGUUGAGCGAAAGGAGAACCAAGACAAGCACAAAACUCCUCAAGGAGGAAAAGGGAGCAGCAAAAACCGACAGCACUCAGAUUUUGGGGACAUCCUUCUGUACAGCCGUCCCUCUUUCCCAUCAGGUCAGGCUCAGAGGGAGCCUGGUGGCCUUCAUUCCUCCAGCAUUAUGUCAUCUGGAGACUCAAGAACCAAACAGGGCGGAGAAGUGACCCCUACAGGACAGGAGGGCCUCUACCUUGAAAGGGAGGAGCUACUGGAGAGCUGAGCAGCAAUGCAAUGAGAACAGAAAUGUUCUACAGUUGCUUCAGACAAAGGAAUAUGACCUUUAUUAUAUGACAGAACACCCUAAACAAUACUGCACAUUAUUUUCUAUUGUUUUCUACUUACAAUUUCUCAUUAGAUGUUGGAAAAAAGAAAGUGAG